CUUUCUACCCCUCUCUCUCUCUCUCUCUCUGCGUGUGUCCCUAAAAAAAACAGGAGGAAAGAAGAGAGCAUGGCAGCCACACCCACCCUUCUCAAACUCCCAAUUCUUUCCCCGAAACCCAGCCACUCAAAACUCCCAAUCCCCUCCAACCUAAGUAAGCAACAACUCUCCACAGCCUCACACAACCCACAAAAACUAUUAACAGAGACUAUCCAACAACUAAAAUCGGCUUCUCUUCCUCUCACAGCAGUGGCAUUGCCCUUCUUCCUCGACCCACAGGAUGCACUUGCCGUUGGAGGGGAGUUCGGCAUUCUGGAGGGAAGAACAUUUGCUCUCGUUCAUCCACUUGUGAUGGCUGGCUUGUUUGUGUACACACUGUGGGCUGGCUAUUUGGGUUGGCAAUGGCGUCGGGUUCGAACUAUACAGGAUGAGAUUAAUGAGCUCAAGAAGCAAGUGAAGCCCGUUGCUGUCACACCUGAAGGGACCCCGGUGGCACCCCCGGCUCCAUCUCCUGUCGAAGCCAAAAUUAAACAAUUCACUGAGGAGAGGAAGGAGCUUAUAAAAGGGUCAUAUAGGGACAGACACUUCAAUGCAGGUUCAAUUCUGCUAGGAUUUGGUGUUUCAGAGGCCGUUUAUGGAGGACUCAACACCUGGUUUAGGACCGGAAAGCUAUUCCCAGGGCCUCAUUUAUUUGCUGGGGCAGGGAUAACAGUGCUAUGGGCAGCAGCUGCAGCUCUUGUACCGGCAAUGCAGAAGGGGAAUGAAACAGCCAGAAAUCUUCACAUUGCCUUGAAUGCGUUGAAUGUCUUACUCUUUGUAUGGCAAAUCCCCACUGGAAUCGACAUUGUCUUCAGAGUGUUUGAGUUUACUACGUGGCCUUGAAUUCCAAGAGUGAGCACUCCUUUUCCCCUCAAUUUAGGUGUACAAGUUUUCCCAUUACUCACUCUCUUUGUUUAUAGUCCUGUAUUGACUAAAUAUUCAGUUACUUCUGUGUCAUCAAAUUGCUUCAGUUUACAAACAUUUGUGUAAGAGAUACCGAAAGCAUCCUUCAUCUUGAAAUAGUAUAUGUUUAUUCCUUCCUGUUUUAAA